AUGGCAGCAGUCGAGCGCCUGGUGGCAGAGCUAACGCGGCUAAACAACGAGACCGCAGCAGCUGCAGCUUCAUGUCCUUGUACUUCCCCAUGUGACACAGCACUGGACAAAUUCUCCGUCGUCUCGGCGUCGUCGUUGGCGCCAGAGGCCGUCGUGAGUGUACCCCACCGUACCCCAGGUCGUCCAUUUUCUCAAUCACCAUUCGCGCUGCCUCGAGUGCGUCUCACGUCGCCCUACAAGGAUAGGUCUAGGGUUAAGAAGGAGCUCGAUACGAUGGCGCAUCCUUUGUAUGCGCUGGACCGUCUGGGACCUUGUUUUGGCAGGGUAAAUGACCAGGUUGGACUCCAGAAGAAGGUUACCGUGCCACCCAGUCGUCUGUUGGCACAAAUGCCCAUGUCUGCGCCCCGGAGGGUGCUAGUGCCGACACGAGCGUCCAUUUUGAACGAGCCAUUGAAGAUCCAGUACGAGUUUCGAGCGGUGAACGGCUCGAGCUCUCGAAGUCGAAGGGACGCAGAGUUUAGUACAGUGAUGAGUAAACAAGACGAGUACGCUCGAGGUACAGGGAGCAACAAACCGUUUGUACCUGGGGGCAAUUCAUUGGCCGAGUUGGAGACGGACAAUGCCCAUGGGCAGCCACUCGAGCCGAUGAAACAAGAGCUGCUCAAGGAGAAAGAGCGGCUGCGGAAUGAACUGGUCCUGGAAGAGUAUCAAGUGGAUCCAGAGUCGUUUGUGAGUCUAGUGGAGGACGUGCCCGGACUUUAUGGCUGCAUGACGGCAGAAGAUGUCGACAGGAUAACGUCUGAAGUCGCUGGAGAGAAGAGGGAUGAGGGUGAUGUGGAGGUGGUAGGAGUCAAUCCUUCGUCACUACUUAAGCCAUAUUUUGAAGCUCUGGUUGAUAAAGAUCAUGUGGAUGCAAUUCGAAGUGCUGUGCUGGAGGAAAAGGCCGCAGACGCAAUGAGGCAGCAUGAUGAAAAUGUAACGGUUGGACUUGACCAGCUGCUGCGUGAAAUGGAGGACGAUGGAGAAUUGACGGAGUUAGGAUUUACAGUUGAUAAUGAUGAAAAACAAGAGAUUGCGGACGACGAAAUCUCAAGUGUAGUCGAUGCUGCAAAGAUAGGUACAGAAGUUGAAACGGCGGCAUUGGGGAACAAGUCUGAAGGCGCUUUUAGUGCACGAGUAGCUGUCGAAGACCCGGAAGCAGAACUGGAGGCAAUGCUUGAUUCAGAUGGGGCGUCGACAGCUCUUACCUUGCAGAAGAAAACAAGUUCGACUUCAGAAUGGGCAAGCAUGGCGAGCGUCGAUGUGCGCAACUUUCAUGAGAAGGUGCCAGAUAUGGCCAUAAAGUAUGAAUUCGAGCUGGACGUAUUCCAGAAGGAAUGCGUAGUUCACCUAGAAAGGCACGAAUGUGUGUUCGUAGCAGCUCACACGUCUGCUGGUAAGACUGUUGUUGCGGAAUAUGCCAUUGCGAUGUCUCAGAAGCACAUGACUCGAACCAUUUACACAUCGCCCAUUAAAGCGCUUUCGAACCAGAAGUACCGCGACUUUCGCACCAAGUUUGGUCCUGACAAUGUUGGCUUGAUCACUGGAGACGUCAGCAUAAACCCGGACGCGAGUUGUCUUGUCAUGACGACGGAGAUUCUGCGCUCGAUCCUGUACCGAGGCGCGGAUAUUAUUCGCGAUAUUGAGUGGGUUAUCUUUGAUGAAAUUCAUUACAUUAAUGAUAGCGAACGUGGAGUAGUAUGGGAGGAAGUGAUUAUAAUGCUUCCCGAACACAUUGGUAUGGUGUUUUUGUCGGCAACCACUCCAAACCACUUGGAAUUUUCAGACUGGAUCGGACGUACGAAGAAGCAUAAAAUUCACGUAAUAUCGACUAACAAGCGGCCCGUUCCUCUUCAACACUUCCUUUAUGCUGGAAAGGAGUUAUUUAAGCUGUAUGAUGCCACUUCUGGGUAUCUUCCGAGUGCGUACACAGCAGCCAAGGCCAAACUUUUUGCCGCUUCUGAUAAAUCGGGGGCCAGCACUAGAGGCGGUAGAAAUGCUUCCCGCGGUGGUGGAAGUCGCGCGAACGCGCUUAACAUUCGCAAGUCGGGAGGUGAUCAAGGAGAGUGGACGAAACUUAUUAACACUUUGAAGGAUAAAGCACUUCUUCCGGUGGUAGUGUUUGCCUUUAGCAAACGUCUGUGCGAGGAAAGUGCAAGCAAGUUGGCCAAGCUUGAUAUGAGCACGCCAUCGGAGCGGUCUGAAAUUCACCUUUUCCUUGAGAAUAGUGUGCAUAGACUUCAAGGAUCCGACCGUGAGUUGCCACAGGUGCUAACAAUGAAAGAAAUGCUCAAACGUGGCGUUGGUGUUCACCAUGGUGGCCUGCUCCCGAUUAUCAAGGAGAUGGUCGAAAUUUUAUUCGGCCGAGGUCUUGUCAAGGUACUGUUCUCAACAGAAACGUUUGCAAUGGGUGUGAAUAUGCCUGCGCGUACGGUUAUCUUUAAUGGCAUUCGUAAGCACGAUGGUAAGAACUUUCGAGACCUUUUGCCUGGCGAGUACACACAGAUGGCUGGUCGAGCUGGUCGUCGUGGUCUGGACUUGGUUGGUACCGUUAUCAUUGCAUGCUGGAACGAUGUUCCCGAGCCCACAUCGCUGAGAACAAUGCUAGCAGGAAAGGCAACAUCACUUUCCAGUCAGUUCCGCCUGACAUACAACAUGAUUUUGAACCUUUUACGAGUGGAGGUGCUGACGGUGGAGGAUAUGAUGAAGCGCUCUUUUUCAGAAUUCCACACACAAAAGGCUCUUGCGUCGAAGAAUAUUCCCAAAUUAAUUCAGAAGGGUAGAGUGCUACUCCAGCAGCUCGAGCAAUCCCUUAUUGAAGACUACCCGCAUCUUGAGACGAGUGGAGAGCUUGCGCGUAUGAAAGAGUUUUAUCAGCUGUGUCGUGAUAAGCGUGAACUGGAAAAGAUUUUGACAAAGUGGCUGCUUGCAAACAACAUUCAAGCUGCUAAGACUGCAAUAUGUCCUGGCCGAAUUGUAGUUCUUAGUGUAAAGGGACUGGCGCCCGAUCAACUGGCACUGGUUGUGCGCACCAGGUCUGCUGUGUUGGGUGAAGGUGGAACCGCCAGAUCGAAGCUUUCAUUUGAAACCGAGCUCCGAAGCUCUGUUACUACCGAUACUGGGUACAACGGCGCAUUUAAGUCGAUUAUGGUAUUAACUCUCUGUCCGGAUGACUACCAGCCUCCGACCAUUGAGGUACCCUCGGUUAACAGAAAUAACUCAAACACUCUUGUAGGCAGCGGGCGCCUGUUGCGUAACAAGAGAGAUGAUGACGACGAUCGCAAAUCUGGACAUCUGGGCAUCAAAGGGAAAUCUGAGGGUCAAGAAAGCACUGAGCUUGUAGCUCCAUCAACCGCUACGCUUAUUGGAAGAAAGUACGCUGUACUGGAAGUCCCUGAAAGUUGUGUCGACAGCAUCACAUCCGUCGUUGUCUCGAAUGUUAAUACAAAGACACUUGUGGCUUUGACAUCCAAGAAGGAGCUCGCCAGUGGUAUUGAGUUUCUAGUAAAGCUUGAGAAGGAUACCGCAUCGUCGCAGAAGGCGGCAAUCGCAUACGUGGAUAUCAUGGGUGAACUCAAGGUCAAUGAUCUUGAAGCCGCAACAGGCUACACCCAGUGGCAGCAGAUCUACUCGAUGGUGCUCAAUCAUCCGUGUGCAGCGGAUUCGCCGACAAAUUCUCGUGUUAUGGGCAAAGUAGAGAAAAUCAUCAAGCUGAAGGCCUAUUUGGUUCGAAUGACCCGGGAGCUAUCUAAUGACUCCCUUUCGCUCUUCCCUGACUUUCAACAGCGACUGAGUGUGUUGAAAAGACUCGGUUACAUCUCGGACGAUGGUGUCGUGCAGAUUAAGGGUCGGGUUGCGUGCGAAAUCAAUACGUGCGAAGAGCUAGUAUUGACAGAGAUGAUUUUUGAAAAUGUGCUAGCCAACCUGGAGCCUGAAGAGAUUGUUGCCGUGCUUUCUGCGCUUAUCUUUCAAGAGAAGUCGCAAUCUGAGCCGACCCUCACCCCCACUUUGGAGAGCACGCGCGAGAUGGUCAAGAAUAUUGCUGAAUCGUUGGGCCUCAUUCAGCUGGAGCAGCACUUGGAAAUCGACCCCACGGUAUACUGCAAGGGCGCUCUCAAUUUUGGCCUGAUGGAAGUCGUAUAUGAAUGGGCAAGAGGAAUGCCAUUCAAACAACUAUGUGAGCUCACAGACGUCCAAGAAGGCUCUAUUGUUCGCUGCAUUACGCGUCUGGAUGAAGUUUGUCGUGAAGUACGCACUGCUGCCCGCGUUAUUGGUGACCCGCAACUUUACCGCAAGAUGGAAGUUGCCUCUGAGGCCAUCAAGCGUGACGUUGUGUUCGCCAGCAGUUUGUACCUGUCGUAG